AGAGGCCGCCGAGAAGUGCUCCUCCAUCCAGGCCCUGUGGAAAGCAGCAAUGACCCCCUCAGAAGACCCCAGCGACCCAAAGGCCAGCCCCAAGGUCACGGGCCUGGAGACAGACGUGGAGACCAGUUCAGGUGGGAAGCCAGGCUGCCAUCAGAAGGCCAUCCCCCCCGCUCACCUGACUUUUGUCAUCGACUGUGCUCGUGGCAGACAGAUCUCCCUGAUAGCACCCCCAGUGCUGCCCCGAGCCCCUGGUCCUAAUCUAGGAACCGUCACCCCGCCAAUGAAGACUUAUAUCUUGUUCUGUGGAGAAAACCAGCCCCACCUGACUCAGGAGGCCCCCCUGGGUAGGGGACGCCUUGCCCAGGCCAGGGGGGCCGUGCCACCCUGCAGAGGGACCGGGGCCCCAGAUUCCUCCCCAGUCAGUCCACUGGUCCCGCAGGAGGCUCCUGAAGCCAAGGGAAACCCCUUGAAGUCUGUGCCCUCGAGGUCUUCAGCUUGGGGAACUGUCAUAGGCUCGCUCAAAGCCCUCUCCUCCUGUGUCUGUGGGCAGGCAGAUUAAUUGGAAGAGCCUGGCCAUGAAGGAGGGGGUUGGCACACCAGGCUCGAGCUCGGGGACUGCAAUCCCCAGAACCCAGCCCCCCUUCCCCAGCCAAGCAGAAGUCAUUUGUGCCUGAGCCAAGGAAGGGCACUGGA